GAAUGCACCGGUACUUUUUAUGUACUCUUACCCCUUCUGUCAUGAUGACUGACGACGCUGACGGCAACAAAACAUGACAGAACUCGCAAUAGCAACAGCAAAUAAUAAAUGAUAAAUUUUGCGUUUUGUAAGAGUGGUUCAAUAGCUAGCGUGUGUGUAGCGCGUCGGUGGCGGCGCGAGAGCGGCGAUGGCGCGCGCGCUUGGCGCGGCGCUGUUGUUCGUGUGCGCGGCGGCCGCCGCGAGCGAGUUUGGUGUCGCAGCAGCAGAAUCUCCAGAUUCAAGUAGCGAGGAGGCGGACGUGGACGACGAUGGUGAAGGAGACUUCGCACCAUUCAUGAUAGUGGUGGAGCACACGGACGGGUGGCGAUGCUCGGGCUCGCUGGUGUCGCUGCGCACGGCGCUGACGUCGGCGUGGUGCGCGCGCGGGCGCGGCCCGCUGCCGGCGCGCGAGCUGUGGGCGCUGGCCGCCGCCGCCGCCGCGCCGCCGCCGUCCAGCCCCGCCGCCGUGGCCGCCCGCCUGCACGGCGCCCGUCGCGUCGCCCGCGUCGCCGUCGCCACCGGCGCCGACGCGGAGGUGGGCGAUGGCCCGGACACGGCGCCGGAGUCGUGGCGCGGCGGAGCGCUGGACUUGGCGGUGGCGGAGCUGGAGGAGCCGUUCGGCAGCGCGGCGCGCGCGCGGCCCAUCCUCAUGGCCACGGCGGGCGCAGAGUGCGCGGGCGGCGCGGCGUGUCACGUGUCGCGCGCGCUGCCGCCGCCCGCGCCGCGUCGCGCGCGCCUUCGCAUCGUGAGCGCCGACGUGGUUCCACCCGAGCGCUGCGCGCGCGCCGCCGUCUACUGGACCGCCGUGCGCGAUCGUGCUCUCUGUCUCGUCGGCCCCGAACUUUGUUCGAGCGACUGGGGCGGGGGCGUGGUGUGCGGCGGCAAGCUGUGCGGCGUGCUGAGCCGCUCGGUGCGCUCGGCGCCGGCGCCGGGCGCGGGCGGCGCGGCGGCGAGCGAGGAGUGCGGCGACACGCAUGCAGCGCAGAGCGUUUCGCUUUGGCGGCGAUUUUUGCACUGCGCCCAUACGUUACGUGCUUGUGGCCGCGGCGGCGACUGCGCAGACCUGUGCGUGGAGCGGCGGCUGGUGGAGGAGCCGGAGCCGCCGGCCUCGGAGCCGCCAGCGCCGCCGCCGCAGCCCACGCGUCCCCGGAAGCCCACCGUCACCACCAUCACCACCACGCCUAGCGUCUUUUACUACCCCACCCACACGGAGAUGCUGCGCGCCUCGCCGCGCGCGCGCCCCAGCCCCACGCGCGCGCCUCCCACGCGCUCGGCCGCGCCCGCCGCGGCCCACGCGUCGUCCCCGUCGCGAUCUACUCGGGCGUACUUGAAGGCGGGCGAGUACGGCGACAACGCGGCCGACUACGGCGGGGAGGAGCCGGCCGCGCCGCCCGCCGAGCGCCGCGCCGCCGGCCGCCAGCCCGACGCGCCCGCCGCCCGCGGCCCGAGCCUCCUGGUGGAGCACACGGACGGGUGGCGAUGCUCGGGCUCGCUGGUGUCGCUGCGCACGGCGCUGACGUCGGCGUGGUGCGCGCGCGGGCGCGGCCCGCUGCCGGCGCGCGAGCUGUGGGCGCUGGCCGCCGCCGCCGCCGCGCCGCCGCCGUCCAGCCCCGCCGCCGUGGCCGCCCGCCUGCACGGCGCCCGUCGCGUCGCCCGCGUCGCCGUCGCCACCGGCGCCGACGCGGAGGUGGGCGAUGGCCCGGACACGGCGCCGGAGUCGUGGCGCGGCGGAGCGCUGGACUUGGCGGUGGCGGAGCUGGAGGAGCCGUUCGGCAGCGCGGCGCGCGCGCGGCCCAUCCUCAUGGCCACGGCGGGCGCAGAGUGCGCGGGCGGCGCGGCGUGUCACGUGUCGCGCGCGCUGCCGCCGCCCGCGCCGCGUCGCGCGCGCCUUCGCAUCGUGAGCGCCGACGUGGUUCCACCCGAGCGCUGCGCGCGCGCCGCCGUCUACUGGACCGCCGUGCGCGAUCGUGCUCUCUGUCUCGUCGGCCCCGAACUUUGUUCGAGCGACUGGGGCGGGGGCGUGGUGUGCGGCGGCAAGCUGUGCGGCGUGCUGAGCCGCUCGGUGCGCUCGGCGCCGGCGCCGGGCGCGGGCGGCGCGGCGGCGAGCGAGGAGUGCGGCGACACGCAUGCAGCGCAGAGCGUUUCGCUUUGGCGGCGAUUUUUGCACUGCGCCCAUACGUUACGUGCUUGUGGCCGCGGCGGCGACUGCGCAGACCUGUGCGUGGAGCGGCGGCUGGUGGAGGAGCCGGAGCCGCCGGCCUCGGAGCCGCCAGCGCCGCCGCCGCAGCCCACGCGUCCCCGGAAGCCCACCGUCACCACCAUCACCACCACGCCUAGCGUCUUUUACUACCCCACCCACACGGAGAUGCUGCGCGCCUCGCCGCGCGCGCGCCCCAGCCCCACGCGCGCGCCUCCCACGCGCUCGGCCGCGCCCGCC